CAACUCCAACGACGCCAAUCUUCUUCGGCGACAUAAUUAAUUUUCCUACUCGACAUCAGCAAAUGCAUACCACAAUUAAUUGUAGGGAUACACCUGACAACCUACGGACAAACAAACCCUAGUAUCUUCCACCACUUGAGACCUCACUUGAGACCUCAAUUCUGACGGGCUUUGACAACUAAAAUCCAACGUUCGCGAGACCUGCGCCUGUGGAAGGGCUGACUGGUUCAACUAAACGUGGAGACUCUCAUCCCAAUUCAACCCACCUUACCCAGACAAUUCGGCUUGUUGCAGUAGGGGAGGGGUCGAAGACUUGCAGACUACACUGCAGACUGACGCUCUUACCAUCGUCUAUCUCACCGACUGCAUAUGCGCUUGACCAGCGGUGCGAUCAACGUUCGAGCCAACAUCUUCCACACCGCUAAAGCCAUCACCACCCGGCCCCAUCUCGCCAGACCAUAUGCAUUCCCAGUGUCGAUCAGAUACACUAGCACCAUGUCCACCAUGUCCUCUUCUUCAGUCACCGAACCGCACACACGUCAACCCUCAGCCCUAACGUUUGACCUUCAUGGUCGCUGUUCUGCAUCCAAAGCCCGUGCCUCUACCCUCCAUCUUCCCCAUGGCUCUGUGCAACUCCCGAUUUUCAUGCCUGUCGCCACCCAGGCAUCGCUCAAAGGCCUCACCCCAGAACAGUUGGAAGAUACAAGUUGCAAAUUAUGCUUGAAUAAUACCUAUCAUCUGGGUCUCAAGCCAGGACAGAAUGUUCUGGACCUGGUUGGAGGGGCCCACAAGCUCCAGGGUUGGAAUUACAACAUCCUGACCGACAGUGGUGGUUUCCAAAUGGUGUCGUUGCUCAAACUGGCAAGAGUUACAGAAGAAGGUGUCCGCUUCUUGAGUCCCCAUGAUGGAUCUCCCAUGCUUCUCACCCCGGAACACUCCAUGUCCCUCCAGAAUUCAAUCGGUUCCGACAUCAUGAUGCAACUCGACGAUGUCAUUCAAACCACCUCUCCUGACCAUGCCCGCAUGAAAGAAGCCAUGGAACGCUCUGUCCGUUGGCUCGACAGAUGCAUCGUCGCCCACAAGAAACCCGAGACCCAGAAUCUCUUCUGCAUCAUCCAGGGCGGGCUGGACCUUGACUUGCGACGGCAAUGUACCGUUGAAAUGCUCCAACGAGAUACACCAGGUAUCGCCAUUGGAGGUCUGUCUGGCGGCGAGGCCAAGGCAGACUUUUGUAAAGUGGUUGAUACCUGUACUGACCUCCUGCCGGAGAACAAACCCAGAUAUGUCAUGGGAAUUGGCUAUCCAGAAGACAUUGUCGUCGCAGUCGCGCUAGGAGCCGACAUGUUCGAUUGUGUGUGGCCAACAAGAACAGCAGUGAGUGAACAACUUAUCCACCAAACCCCCUACCACCAUUAUUGACACUCAUUAACUCUCCUCUCUUCCCAUCCUCUAGCGCUUCGGCAAUGCCAUCACUGCCAAUGGCGUCCUCAACCUCAAACACUCACGCUACGCCGAAUCCUUCUCUCCCAUCGAGCCCGACUGUACAUGUACAUGCUGUCGUCCGCAAGAGUCCGGCGGACUGGGUAUCACGCGUGCCUAUAUCUACCAUCUGGCCGCCAAAGAGACCGUCGGCGCUCACCUCCUCACCAUGCACAACGUCCACCACAUGCUUAACCUUAUGAACCGCGUAAGGACGGCCAUCAUCGAAGAUCGCUACCCGCAGUUUGUCAAGACCUUCUUCGACUCAUACUUUAAUGGCCAGAGACCGCCAGACUGGGCUAGAGAAGCGUUGAAGGGUGUCAACAUUGAGAUAUAGACAUCGAUCUGGGUUUAGACUUAGAUUUCUAAAAUCUAGAUACAUAGAGAGGUCAAAUCAACCCUAUCACCGUUCCCUGUCUCUUCUAGACACGUCAUCUAAUGCCUUGACCAAAGAAUAAACAAGCCUAAGCAGCGGAGUAUGGAC